AUGGUAUUAAAGAUAGUCCUACACCCGGCAUCUAUCAUAAGCAUAUCAGACGCGAUCGCCGUGACUGUUUCUGACCGAGUGACUCUUCAGUGUGUAGCGGACGGCAACCCUCCCCCCAACAUCACAUGGACCAAAAAUGGAGUCUUACUGCCGUCUGUGGCGCACACGUUAUCUAAUGACGUCCGCGCCUCGUCCGUGACGCUGAAAAGGGUGCGGAUGAACAACACCGGAGCCUACGUCUGCGCGGCAAGCAACGGCGUGGGCAAGAGCGACUCCAAAGCUGUGCAACUCAGCGUCACACCUGACAAGGACGCGAGGGACUCGUCCAACAUCGUGGUGAUAGUGGGAACGGUGGCCGGGGCGCUGUGGUUCCUCAUAGGCGUGGUCCUCAUCCUGUUACUAUGGAAACGGCGGCGGGACAGGAGAGACAAAGAGCGGUUCGCCUUCUACUACAACAUGGGCCGGCGGGAACCCGGGGCGCCUGACGACAAGACCGACUUCCCGACCAUACCAGUCAAACCACGUGAGGGAACGCUGACAGGAAACGCGGGGAUCCCGACGAUGAGAAGAGCGGCCGAUAAAAGAGGCAGGCGCUACGCCAGGGUCAUGUACCCGUACCUCGCACAGGAAGGCAACGAGCUCUGCCUUGAGGUGGACGAUGUCAUAGAGGUUCUGGAAGGGGACAGCGGAGGGUGGUGCCUUGGCUAUCUGGGUGGCGACGUGGGACUCUUCCCCUCCAAUUAUGUCAAGUUCCUCUCGUCAAAUGAGGCCGUCAAAAUGGAGGAGUGUGACGGAAAACCACCAACCAAGAGGACUAAAUAG